AGGGCCAUGACGUGAAAGUGGACAUUAGCUUGGUGCCGCCAUGAAGCGGUCCUAUCCUUUCUUCGUAUUCCUAGCCACGGUGAUGGCUAUAGCAAAGACGGCAGCCGCUCCGAAGGAAAUAGUAAAAACCUUUUCAGAUCCAAAAGUUCAAGCCUUCAAUCACCUUGUCAUAGAUAAAAAUACGGGCCGCGUUUACAUAGGAGCUGUCAACCGUCUUUACCAGCUUUCUCCCGACUUAGAUUCAGUGAUAACGGAGGUAACGGGUCCAAAGUUAGACUCUGAUGAUUGCUCAGUACUAGAAUGCAACAAUGCAAUUAAUAAGAAACUUACAGAUAAUGUUAACAAGGCUUUGGUUAUUGAUUAUACCACUUCCAGGUUGAUAUCAUGUGGAAGUCUCUUCCAGGGGAUUUGUUCCGUUAGGCCCCUACAAAACAUAUCCGAAAAAUCAGAAAAGAGCGUAGAAGUGAGGGAAGCUGUAGUAGCAAACAACGCGACUGCCUCGACCGUCGCGUUUAUUGCUCCGGGGCCUCCCAAUCCUCCGGUCUCUCAAGUAAUGUACGUCGGUGUGACUUUCACUCUAGGCUCUCCGUAUCGGUCCGAAGUGCCUGCGGUCAGCAGUAGAUCGUUAGACAAAGACAAAAUGUUUUCAAUAGCUCAAACGGCCGUAACGACGGGCACUAGGAUGUUCGUUAAUUCAUUAGCUAGGGAACGUUAUCCAAUUACGUACGUUUACGGGUUUGCUUCGGAAGGCUUUAGUUAUUUCCUGACAACGCAAAUGAAGCACACAACUUCCAGUCAAUACAUCAGCAAGUUAGUAAGGGUGUGCCACGACGACGAAAACUAUUACUCUUACACGGAGAUUCCUAUGGACUGCAUCAGCGAAGCUCAAGGAGGGAGAAAGUACAAUCUCGUCCAAGCUGCAUAUGUAGGGAGAGCAGGAUCAGAUCUGGCCUCAGAUUUAGGUAUCACUGCGCAAGAUGAUGUUCUGUUCGCCGUGUUUAGUGAAAGUGAGCCGGUGAUUGCAAACAAACCGUCUGAACUCUCUGCGCUAUGCGUUUAUUCCCUCAAGUCCAUUCGGCGCAAAUUCAUGCAGAAUAUUAAGCACUGCUUCAGUGGAAAAGGUCAACGAGGACUGGAUUUUAUCUCUCCUAGUCAUCAGUGUGUUCCCACGAAACUUCAAACAAUCGGCGAAGAUUUUUGCGGUCUUGACGUGAAUACACCUCUGGGUGGUGAACAACCGGUAGCUGCUGUACCAGUUCUACUUUUCAACACUCGAUUGACAGCUGUAAUUGCUACAUCCACUGGUGAUUUUACUGUCGUCUUCAUCGGCACCGCUACAGGCCAUCUUAAGAAGGUUGUAGUAGAGUCGUCAACCUCCGCUCUAGAAUAUGGAGAUCUGACUGUUGAAGAAGGGUCUUCAGUAAAUCCGGAUUUGCACUUUGAUUCCCAGUCUAUGCAUCUCUAUGCCAUGACGGAGAAAAAGGUAUCGAAAGUCAAAGUGCAAGAAUGCACGGUUUACCGCAACUGCUUAGAGUGUUUAGGAGUAAAAGAUCCAUAUUGCGGAUGGUGUUCUUUAGAAAAUAAAUGUAGCUUACGUUCUGACUGUCAAGAUGCUGCCAAAGAUCCUUUGUAUUGGAUCAGCUACAAGAGUGGAAGGUGCACAACGAUUACAUCUGUUAUACCGAACCAACUGCAAAGAACAACAGCUCGAACGCUCGACCUAGUGAUCGAUAACUUACCAACUCUACAGGGGCAUUUUUUAUGUGCCUUCACCGCUCUCGAUAAGACUUUAAUCACAAACGCCACAAGAAAAGGUUCUGGAGUAAACUGCACAACACCGAGAACCGACGCUUUGCCCUCAAUUCCACCUGGACAACAUCACUUCACUGCCAAGCUCUCAGUUAGAAUGACUUCCGGGCCCGAUUUUGUGGCUACAAAUUUUACGUUCUUCGACUGCAAUACUUACAGUUCCUGUACUCAGUGUGUUUCGUCUUCAUUUCCGUGUGAUUGGUGUGUUGAUGGUCACAGAUGUACCCACGAUACCGCAGAAAAUUGUAGGAACGAUAUUCUUGUUACUGGCAUCAGCAGAGCAGGUCCUAGCUACAGGUCAGGACCAGCAUUUUGUCCAACUAUAAAUGCUACAGUUGGAAAUUCGCCGGAAAUACUAGUGGCAUCUGGCAUAAAGAAAGCAAUCAAGGUGAAGGUCCAUAUCAUCGGUCAAUUCAUAGUUCAAACAAGAUUCGUAUGCCAAUUCAAUAUCGAAGGAAGAGUGACCAGUGUAAAUGCUCAACUACUAGGUGAUACUAUUUAUUGCGACCCCAUGGAGUUUUCAUAUACUUCUCGAGCACCAAACAUCACAGCUACGUUUGCUGUUAUUUGGGGAGGUUCUAAGCCUCUUGACAAUCCAGACAAUAUUCACAUUGUGAUAUACCGUUGUCGUGAUAUGGCUGACAACUGUGGAAUAUGCUUAGCCUUAGCUGAAAAAUACGACUGUGGUUGGUGCCAGAGUUCGGAUAGGUGUGAAGUGAAAGACCAGUGCGAGAAAGGUUCGGCGGUUUGGUUGAAUAGAAGUCAAACUUGUCCUAAUCCUGAAGUAACGUCGUUUAGUCCAGAAUUGGGACCGUGGGAAGGAGGGACAAAUAUUACGAUCCAAGGUAUAAAUCUGGGUAAAAACUUUCAAGAUAUUUAUUCAGGAAUUAGUAUUGCUGGAAUCAAUUGUCAACCAUACGAUCAUCUUUAUAUCAAGACAAAACAGAUUGUUUGUCAGGUGGACGGUCCUGGUACUAAAGAACUUCGUCAGGGUCCAGUAACAGUGAAAGUUGAGGAUUAUCGUGGAGAAUCCAAAACACACUAUCGUUUUGUCAAUCCUAAUAUCACUGGUAUCUCUCCAAAGUGUGGACCAAAAUCAGGUGGAACGAUGCUACAAAUUACUGGUGAAUAUAUGAAUGCAGGCAGUAAUAUUCAAGCAUUUUUGGAUGAUCUUCCAUGUAGAAUACUAUCCACUGACCAAAACCAAGCCUUAUGCAUCACUAGCGCAUCAGAAUCAACCACAAAGCGAAAGUUGAAGAUGAAGUUUGACAAAGGAGAUCGAUAUCUAGAAGGAAUGAUGUUUGAAUAUGUUGACGAUCCUGUAAUUGAAUCAGCUGAAUCUGGUGUGGCGAGUCAAAUCAAGGUACCAAAAGGAAUUCCAGCUGGAGGGAUUAAAAUAUCGGUGACUGGUAGAAAUCUAGCUGUUAUACAGAAACCGCAGAUGUAUGUCUUUUAUGAACAGAAAAUGUUCAUUAGUGAAUGUACAAUUUUGAGUAACAUCAGCAUGGAAUGUCGUAGUCCAGUCAUUGAUGCAACUGAAGAUAUAAAAUUGGAUGCGGACAAUCCCUUAAAAUUAGAGUACGGCUUUCGUAUGGACAAUGUCACCGGUGUACAAAAUUUAACCUUUAAUAAAGCAUUUAAUCCAUUCCUGCUAUAUCCAAAUCCGAUAUUCAUUCCAUUUGAGAAGGAAGUAAAGUACUAUAAAUCUGACUAUCUUAAUAUAAAUGGUCAAAAUAUUGAUCGUGCUUGCCAAGAAUCAGAUGUUGAAGUACUAAUAGGAAAAAGUUCCUGUAAUGUAACUUCUUUAUCUCGCCAACAGCUAACUUGCCGUCCUCCAGAAUCUCAACCUCCCGCUGUUAAUGACCAAGAUGUACCUAAUGGUGAAGCGCUGCCUGAAGUUGUAGUUAUUGUAGGCGGUUCAUUACAUUACAACAUCGGAGUCCUGUCUUAUUCUUCACCUCAAGGAAUCAACGGAUCAAUUACCAAACCCACAUUAUAUGGAAUAAUUUUUGUAGCUAUUGCUAUUGUUGUUGUUUUUAUUUGCUUCUUAAUAGCUUAUCGUCGCAAAUCGACUGAAAGUAACAGAGUAUUAAAGAAUAUGCAGGAGCAAAUGGAUAUUCUAGAGCUCAGAGUAGCAGCUGAGUGUAAGGAAGCUUUUGCAGAACUGCAAACCGAAAUGACUGAUCUUACCGGAGAUUUAACUUCCGGUGGUAUACCAUUCCUAGAUUACAGAACAUACGCAAUGAAAAUCUUGUUUCCAAACGUCGAUGAUCACGUAGUACUGCAGUGGGAGCGUCCAGAGCUAUUGUGCAAAGAAAAAGGAUUAAGACUCUUUGGACAACUUAUAAUGAACAAAACAUUUCUGUUAUUGUUCAUCCGAACUUUAGAAAGUAACAGAUAUUUUUCAAUGCGAGACAGAGUGAACGUAGCUAGUCUAAUUAUGGUUACUCUACAAAGCAAGAUGGAAUAUUGUACGGAUAUUCUCAAAACUCUUUUGGCCGAGCUAAUAGAGAAAUGCAUGGAGGGAAAAAGUCAUCCUAAGUUGCUGUUGCGCAGAACUGAAAGUGUUGCUGAGAAGAUGCUUAGUGCUUGGUUUACGUUCCUUCUGUAUAAGUUCUUGAGAGAGUGCGCCGGAGAGCCUUUAUUCAUGUUGUUUAGAGCUGUUAAGCAGCAGGUUGACAAAGGACCAGUAGAUGCCAUUACUUCAGAAGCUCGAUAUUCGCUUAGCGAAGAGAAACUAAUAAGACAAUCAAUAGAUUUUAAGCCAAUGACCGUCUAUGUCUCCAUUUCUCAACAGACUGUUUUCGUUGGGGGCAUGGAUCAUAAUACAGACAAUGUUCCUGUAAAAGUUUUAGACUGUGAUACAAUUAGUCAAGUUAAAGAGAAAUCACUGGACACAAUUUACAGAGCUACACCUUAUUCGCAGAGACCAAGAAAAGACGACUUAGAUCUAGAAUGGAGAACAGGCACUUCGGGUAGACUGAUUCUGUAUGACGAAGAUAGCACUACUAAAGUAGAAGGGGACUGGAAGAGAAGAAACACAUUACAGCAUUACAGAGUACCUGAUGGCGGAUGUCUAAAUUUGGUAUCCAAACAAAGUUCCAUUUAUAAUUUAAGUAUUUUUUCUGAGAAGAAUGAUAAGUCUCAUAAAUAUGAAACUUUGAAUCUCAGUAAGUUUAGUUCAGUAAGCCCUCCACUCAGUCGAGCAACUAGUCCACUUAAUCAUGACCAUGAGCAAGGGCUGAAAGUGUGGCAUCUUGUGAAGCACCACGAUAAUGAUAAUCAAAAAGAGGGAGAACGAGGAAAUAAAAUGGUGUCUGAAAUUUAUUUAACAAGACUUUUAGCUACCAAAGGUACUCUACAAAAAUUCGUGGAUGAUUUGUUUGAAACGAUUUUCAGCACUGCUCAUAGAGGAUCAGCGUUACCACUUGCUAUAAAAUACAUGUUCGAUUUCUUGGAUGAUCAAGCCCUUCAGCAUGGUAUUUCAGAUCCUGAAGUUGUUCAUACGUGGAAAAGCAAUUCCCUUCCUCUUAGAUUUUGGGUAAAUCUUAUCAAAAAUCCCAAUUUCGUAUUUGAUAUACAUAAGUCAAAUAUAGUAGAUUCUUGUUUAUCUGUGGUUGCUCAAACUUUUAUGGAUUCGUGUUCUACAUCUGACCAUAGAUUAGGAAAAGAUUCGCCCAGUUCAAAACUUUUGUAUGCUAAAGACAUUCCAUCUUACAAAGAUUGGGUGGAAAGAUAUUAUUCUGAUAUUAAAAUGAUGCCAGCUAUAUCCGAUCAAGACAUGAAUGCAAUGUUGGCUGAAGAUUCUAGGCUUCAUACAACAGAAUUUAAUACAAAUUGUGCUCUGCAUGAGCUUUACACAUAUGCUAUGAAGUACAACGAGCAAUUAACAGUUACCUUAGAGGAGGACGAGUUCUCUCAAAAGCAACGACUGGCCUACAAAUUAGAGCAAGUUCACAACAUAAUGGCGGAAUCGCAGCCGUGAUACUGGCCUGACCUGACGUGCCCCCCCACUGCUCCUCCUUUAUCACCCGUUUUCCCUUCGGCACCUCAGGAACUGGCCUGCUGAUAAAAGUUUUAUGCCAAAUAUACAUAUCCAUUAUCAAACAAUUU